GCAAAAUGAGGGCCAUCGUUUGGAGCCAGAUGACAGAGAUUGGUCCCAGUCAUGUUUUUAGGGCAACUAUUGUUGGCAAUCAGGAGUCAGCAUUUUGGGAGUCCACACCCCUUCUACUGAAAGCAACUCGGGUGAAUCUGUCAAUCAAAUGUUUGAGGGGGCCAGCAGGCACCACAUGUUUUUACUGAAGGAUCUGAUUUGUUUAGUUCAUAACUUGAAUAACUUACACUACAGAAAAAAAAUAUCACGAGCAGAACUUAGGAAUAGGAAGAAGAUGUUAAGAAAAAUGUACCACGGUAAGAAUGGUUGUAAAUGACUGAGUAAUAACUGUUCAUUUCUAUAUAGUUAUUUAUUUUUUAUCUGUUAAAAGCUUUAAAACGUAUUUUAUUGGACAUCUAAACGUUUCCAACAAUUAGAUAGCUACAAGUAGAUGUAUAAUAGCUCUCCAUGUGAAGAUAUCUUUCAGAUCAUUAUUGGUUGACAGACAUUUGUAAAAAUUUGAUUUAAAUCUCCCUCUUUGUGUAUUCCUUAAAAUAGGUUCAUUUUGAGGUGAAAUGUUUACAUUUUACUCUGUAAAUGUCAACAUUUUACUGACAAAAGCUGAACAACAUUUUUUUUUAAAUUUGUACUUUCUAUUUAGUAAUUUUUUUUUAUUAUUUUGUUGUUUGCAAUGAUGAUUUAUUUGAACCAGAUUGUUAUUUUCUUCAGCAUUAUAAAUAUUUCUUUGUGUGUUCCUGCAGGUGAGUCUGCUGUGGUUCAGACUCAGCAGACUGUGAUGGCAGCAGCUGGAGGAGAAGCUCAUCUCAGCUGUCAGCUCUCACAACCUAAAGACGUCUCUGAAAUCACAUGGAAGAAAAUCGUAUCUGGAACUGGGGAAAACGUUGCAUUCAACAGCCAGUUUUAUGGAGAAAGAGUGGUUUCUAAAUUCAGAGGAAGAGUCCAGAUCAGCAGCUCUGGAGUGCAGAACAGCUCCAUAGUGGUGAGGAACGUUUCAGAGGAGGAUGAAGGAUGUUUCCUCUGUUUGUUCAACGCAUUCCCUGAAGGAGCUCUGAAAGGAAGAACGUGUCUCCUAGUCUACGAGCUGGAUCAACCGCUGCUGCACGUCCGAGCUUCAGCUGCAGGGUCCGUCAUCAGCUGUUCAGCUACAGGCAGACCUCCCCCCAACGUCACCCUGACGGUGGGACAGCAACACCUCCACUCCUACAACUGCACCGUCAGCGUGAACGCCAACAGCACCUUUACCGUCACCGCCGCCGCUGUGCUGCCCGGUCCGGGCUCCACAAACACUCAGGUUGGAUGUUCAGCUGCAGUCUUCUCUGGUCCUCAGCUGACGGCGUCUGUGCUCCUUCCUGCUUUGAGCGUGAAAUCAGCAUCUGUUCACAGUCGAGACAGAUUGGCUUUAAAUAUUGCAGCAGUCAUGGUGGGAUUGAUUCUCUCCUCUGCUCUGAUCUUCUACAUCUGGAGACGUCAUUGACAGAAAAGGUAUUUCUGUCAAUCAGCACUGAUGGAAAACUGAGUCUGUUUGUGUGUUUCUGAGGGUUUUUAUUGUCUUUUAGAUAAUUUUGGGGAAUGCUGGACGCACAAAGUA